CGCUGACCGAUAGGAAGUUUGGACUUUUCGUAGUAAAUGUUUAGCACCUGAUCCGACGUGAAUGAAUGUACAAUCUAACUGAGCUUACCUGAAAAAUCACCCACUCUUUUCAGUCAUGAUCUCAACACACGACUUGGAGCAGUUGGCAGAAAUAGAGUUACAGAAGGAAGAAGAGGAGGAGGAGCAGGGGAGUUCGGGAGGAUACCCUCUAGCGCCAUCCAGUGGCAAUGCUUGUCAGGACAUGUCACAUCCUUAUUAUGAUGUUGCACGACACGGGAUUCUCCAAGUUACAGGGGAUGACAAAUAUGGCAGAAAGCUGAUUAUUUUCAGCAGCUGCUGCAUGCCCCCAUCACAUCAGCUCAAUCACCACAGGCUUCUAGAGUAUCUGAAGUACACAUUGGACCAGUAUGUUGAAAGUGAUUACACGGUGGUCUACUUUCACUACGGUUUACGCAGCAGCAACAAACCUUCUUUACGCUGGCUCCGAGAUGCCUAUCGGGAAUUUGACAGAAAAUAUAAGAAGAAUCUUAAAGCCCUCUACGUUGUCCACCCCACAAACUUCAUCCGGGUUAUAUGGAACAUAUUCAAACCUCUCAUAAGCCACAAGUUUGGCAAGAAGCUAACCUAUGUGAACUAUCUGGGAGAGCUAAGGGAACACCUCAACUAUGAUCAGCUCAUCAUCCCACCAGCUGUAUCAAGGCAUGACGAAGAGCUCCGGGCGGCUCAGAAAGGUGGACCGCCCCCUCCAGUGAAGAUCCCACCCCCACGACCCCCUCUGCCCACACAGCAGUUUGGAGUGAGCUUACAGUACAUUCGGGAGAAAAACAAUGGUGCAUUGAUACCUCCUGUGAUGUGUCAAACUGUGUCGUACCUCAAACGAAAAGGGUUGAAAACAGAGGGAAUCUUCAGAAGGUCAGCGCGAGUGCAGCUUAUCAAGGACAUCCAGAAACUUUAUAACCAAGGGAAGCCGGUUAGCUUUGAGCAGUACUCUGAUGUGCAUGUUCCUGCUGUGAUCUUGAAGAUGUUUCUCCGGGAGCUCCCAGAGCCACUGCUCACCUUCACUUUAUAUGACCAGAUACAAGAUUUCACCAAGGUGGAGAGCAGCCUGAGGGUUUUGAGGUGCAAGAGGAUUGUGGAGUCCCUUCCAGAGCACAACUUCAUUGUCGUCAAGUACCUCAUCUGCUUCCUGCAUAUGGUCUCGCAGGAGAGCAUCAGUAAUAAGAUGAGUUCCUCUAACCUGGCGUGUGUGUUUGGUGUGAACUUGGUCUGGCCUCCUAAGGGCACCAUAUCCCUGGGUGCUCUCACUCCCCUCAACAUCUUCACUGAGCUUCUCAUCGAGCACUAUCACACCAUCUUCAGCUCACGCUGCCCACCACAACAGGUACUGCCCUAAACCUGACCGGACGCUCAGCUUCUAACACACUACCGGUGCAGCUCACGCUGAGACGUUACACUUGACCUUUAUAUUAUUGGUUGUGCCACCAGCAAGUUUUGAUUCUCUAUGAUCUGUUUAUUUGAAGGUCUGUCUGUAAACCUGCUAAUGUUGCAGCCUAAAACACUAAUGAAUCAAAGAAUCAAACACUGUUAUUUUUAUAGCAUACUACUCAAUACUCAUACUACAUAAACCCAGCUUUUCUCUGUAAUAUCUUUAUUUGCUUUGAUAUUUUACCUCUAAUUACUCAACACUUACUGCAUGAUUUAUUUAAUAAGCCAGGUUUAGAUAAGGCAUUGACCAUAGAGACAUCAGGUUACUUCUCGUUUAUUGUAAAUGGUUGUUUUAAGGAAUUUACUGCUAACAGAAGUUGAUACCUCUAGGCACAUAGCUUUUACAUAGCAUUAAUCCUACUGUUCUGAAAACAUUUACAAAGUGGUACAAAAACUAAUUCAUGCCUUUAGAACACUGAUAACAGACACUACAAGGGCAUCCAUUCCAACUCUGUAAACACACAAAGCUAAGUAUGUCUCCCCUAAAUAACAACAGCGCUUGUGAUUGCCAUGGCAACCUUCUGCUGGCAGCAGCAGAGAUAACCUUGAAGGCGAAACUCAUAGCAGCGUUCUGUAAUAUGCAUAAGAAAAAGAAGCUCUGUAGCCUCCUCACAGCCACGGCCCAUCAGUUGAGGUGUUUCAUAUGCUGCCCCACCUGUGUUGCACAUCCCUGGCAAAAGAAUAUGAGCAGAUGCUGUUCACCUGUUGUUUGUAUUGAUUUUCUCUUCCCCUUUGGGGUGUGUGUGUACGUUCUCCUCUGCACCUUAAAAAGUGACUCUUCAGAAAGGCAACUAACAGGUCUCUGAGUAUAGCAGUUUAAUGACUUUGUUAAUUUUUUUUUAGGUCCAUUUGUUUUUCCUGUGCUUCAAUGUACACUACAUGGCACACAUCUUUCCUUAGGUUAUAAAAUAUGAAAGGUCCAUUUUAUACAAAGUGUUGAUCUUGGAUGUGUUGUUAUCCUUUAUAGUGAGUAAAAUAGGCCUGUGCUUGGCGAGGUAAGCAAGUUACUCUGUAAAAUUACAGCUGGUUUAAACAUGAAUUGAUUUUUUUUUCAUGAAAACUAUAGUAAGGCAUUUGUAUUCUCAACUGGAAACAUAACUUUUAAAUGUUCAGCCUCAGGUCUCAGGGGGAAAAACACUUAUGUAUCAGAUCUUGUACAACUGGAACUGGAAACAGCCAAAAAGGCAUCAGGCUAAGCAGCCACUAACCACGUUUACAUGCAGCCUAAUAAUCUGAAUAAUAGCUCAACAGGAAUACAAUACGUCCAUGUAUACACCUCAGUGUGAAUAGACUAGUCCAAUUGAGGGCAUUCCGAUUGAACGAGUUGGGUAAUCCUGUAAAUAAUCCAUUAAAUAGAAUAAUAGCCGUGUAGACGCCUGUAUCCGAUUACAUUCCCAUUCGUAACAUGUAUGUUCUGCACAUGUGCGUUUGCGUCAUAGCGAAAGUUUACAACAAUUAACAUGACGGGAGCAGAAACUGGUCUGCAGAGGAGACAAAAUUUAAGCUUUGAACUUUAAAAGACGGCAGUGGGACGGGCGUCCAGCUUAUGUGUCUCAUAACACGACGUCUCCUUCUCGCCUUCUUUAAUAAGUACGUGACGUACAUUUUUUCUGAGUCUGUCAUCAUUUUAAAGCAAUUAAAAACACAAGCAUGCCAGCUGAAAACUCUCACUCUGACUGGACUCGCGUGAUGCUUGUUGUUAUGGUAACGUCUACACCAAGUGGUACUCUGCGCAUGUGCGUCAUUUUGGAUUGGAUUACUUGUGCAUGUAAACAGAGAUUUCCAUCAGAUUGUUGAGUACGGUGUGUAUAGAAACACCUCAGUCUUCAUCUAUAAUCGGAAUGUAUUCAGUCGGAUUGGCAAAAAUCUUGGCGUGUAAACGUAGCUACUGAUACAAACUCAGACAGUAAAGUUCAUGUGACGUUCACAAUUCUGUUCUGUUAGAUUAAGUGGUUUCAUGGCCAAAUUAAAGAUCACAGAAUACUACAACCACAGCUGUUGUUGAGCUGCACUGUUACGUUCUUAAAAGGAAGUUUUCAAAAAUAUUUUUCAAAUGGUUCAGAUGUAAACAGUGUCAUUCAGAGUGGUUUGAUAUGGUUAAUUGUAGAGAAACGUACUGACUCAGAUUUCUUUACAGCAUUGGUGACAGGAUACAGGGGUCGUGAUGUCUACAACACAAAUAUAGCCAUUUUAUUUGCUAUCCAAAACAACUACCAAGCCUAAAUGUGUCUCCUGAGUUUUAUAUGUAACGUUGAUAAUGAAAAAUGUUUAUAUUUUGUAAACAUGUAUAUAUUUUGCUUUUUAAUGCCUGCAUGGUUUUAAAAAAUGAUGCUAGGACCUUCUUAAAACUCAUAAAACAGGGCCUCAGAUCAGGCAGCGUAUCUCUAACCAUUCCAUGUAAUAACUCUGAGUUUCUAAGUUUUUGGAGUUAGUAAACUGUUCAGACGUCUGGUUCCGAUCACCACAACCCCGGACAGUUCUUACUCAGUGAGUUUCUCCGGAACAGACCGUUUCACAUCAAACCACUCUGAAUGAGUUUGUUGACUUCUUAAAAGUUACUUACAAACUGUCACAAAAUUAGUGGACGAAAAAAGCAUGUAAUCUCUUUGCAGUGAUAGAAAAAAUAAUAAACUGUAAAGCAAAGAGGAAAAAACAGGCCCUCGCACACAGUUACCCCAGUGAGAGUCUACUAUUGCUGAUACAGGUCUAGAUUAUAAUUACAUGAGACCUGAUCCCUGAUGCUUGCCAAGGAAUAUGUGAUCCUCAUCCUCAUUUCUCAUCAUCUGUCAACAUGCACUACUCUGCAAAAGUCUUAGGCAGCCAAGAAAAUUCUUUAAAGCUUUAUUUUGUCAUAAAGUGUGCUUUGGCCUGUAAAAACACUGUAAAGCAAUAAAAUAAACAUACAUACAGUGAAGUGUCACAUGAUUUUUAAGUAAUAUGUUGGUUAGAAGAAUAUAACACGUUUGGUGCUUCUCACUGCACUCCAGCCAUCACAUGGAUUUGUUGAAUUCCAUCAGCAGCUCUGGAUUUAAUUUAAUGAUGGAUUGAUUAGAUAAAAUUAGAUCAAAAAUUUUCUCAGAUUCCUAAGACAUUAUGGAAUCUGAGAAUAUGUAUAUCUCCCUACCAAAUCCUUUGCUCCUGUAGCACAUCAUUUCAGGGAAACGUCUAUAUGAAGGUGUAA